AUGUCUUCUCCAACCCUCGAACUACUUCGUCUACCCAUGUUCAAGGUCACUCCGGGCGAUAGUGUCGAUUCUGAGAAAGUCCACCUUACCUACCGGCGGGCUGCUGCUAUUGUCAAAGCUUACGGAAUGACAUUGGUAGAUGUCCUUCAGUGCACUGAGAAGUUCUGGAAAUUUCAUCUGGAUCUGAUUGGAACUGUAGACUUCGCUGCACUUACCCUAAUGACUAUUCAACUCAACCUUGCAGCAGGGACCUUGUCACCCUUUGCAGAAAAGCAACCGCAAUACCGAGAACUCUUGGAUAAGAUCCUGAAAUUUGAGAUAUCGGCGCAGUAUAUGGUCGCCGAGGUUGGGCAUGGUGUAGAUGCGAGGAAUUUGGAAACAACUGCAACAAUGCUCCCAACUGGAGAGUUCGACCUACACACUCCUAGCCCCAAUGGAUCGAAGAUUAUGCCGCCAUCUUUCCCAUUAAAGGGUUUCCCACGAGUUGCGAUGGUCUUUGCCCAAUUGGUUGUUUCUGGCGAGAAUCGUGGCAUAAGACCAUUCAUUACUUGGCUCAACGAUGGAAACGAGAUGUUUGAGGGUGUGACUUCGAAGUUGCUCCCCAGGCGAGCAGCGUCGAAACCGUUGGAUCAUGCUAUCACGAGUUUUAAUCAUGUCCGCCUACCCCAUUCAGCUCUUUUAGGAACCCUGGAUAAGCCAAAGGAUAUGCGCAAGCACUUCUUGUCAACCAUCUGGCGCAUUGCAGUUGGUACGCUUGGAUUGACACUAACUAUGGUUCCGGUGAUGAAACGGUGUGUUUACGUUGCAGGAAAAUAUAGCCAGCGUCGGCAUAUUUUGGGGCCAGACCAGAAGCCCAAGCCCAUUAUCUCUUUCCGAACUCAACAUGCCCCCAUCCUGCAUGGAUUGGCUCAAAUCUUUGUUUUUGAAGCGUAUGCUCAAAAGAGCAUUCAGCACUUCCAAGACCCCAAUCUGACAGAUCCGGUCCAACAUGCCGUUGCGGCUUCACUCAAGGUUGUUUUGAGCAAAGCAUGCCAAACCUGUCUUUUCAACCUCUCGGAGCGAUGUGGAGCGCAGGGAUUGACAUCGGAGCUUCUAUUAAAUCGAUACAAAAUGCCGCCUCCAAAGAAUCCAACGUCGUAUUUAGCAAAGCAUGAACAAGGGCUACUUGAUGAGCUUCGCAGGAUGUCCAAGUCCAAUUCAGGAGGCCACCGUGGAGAGGAGUUCGACCGCUUGAUAUUGCCAAGAUCACAAGACUUUGUCCACGCUAUAGGGUGUCGGAUAGCCUAUGAAGCUGCAAUAGAGGCCAAGGUCGAUACUGACUUAGUGGCCCUAUAUGAAAUCGGGGUCAUGCUGCAGGAUCAGAGCUGGUUUGUUCAAAAUGCUACGCUGACCCGUGAACAUAUGUAUCAAAUGGAAGCCAAAAGGCUCAGCGCUGUGCUGCCUCGCUUAGAUAAAUUGCUCGAUGAGACUGGUGCUGGGCCCUACUGCACUGCACCUAUUAUAUCACAGACAUCGUGGGAUCAAUUUGUCGAUCAACUGGAGACCAAGACUGGAAAUGGUAAGACCAACAUUGGUCUGUCAAGUGGUUGGGCCAAGCUUUGA